AAUGGAAACAAGCCUCAGAAGAAGAAACUUGUCAGCAAGAUUGCAUCCUUCCAACAGUAUAUUCCACAUGAUUUUGAUGCAAGUGACCAUGGAACCUCAAGUUUCCCUGUGUCUGCUGUGCAUCGCAUUGGGAUUUUAGAUAUUAGGAUUCUUAACACAGAUAGGCAUGCGGGUAAUCUUUUAGUUAGGAAACUUGAUGAUGCAGGGAGAUUUGAUCAAGUGGAACUGAUCCCCAUUGAUCAUGGCCUUUGCUUGCCUGAGAGUCUGGAAGAUCCGUAUUUUGAGUGGAUUCAUUGGCCUCAGGCUUCCAUCCCUUUCUCGGACGACGAACUUGCAUACAUAGCAAAUCUUGACCCGACUCGUGAUUCAGAGAUGCUUCGAAGUGAGCUCCCAAUGAUUCGAGAAGCUUGCUUGCGCGUCUUGUUCGUCUGCACAAUUUUCCUUAAGGAAGCUGCUGCAUAUGGGCUGUGUCUUGCUGAGAUUGGACAGAUGAUGAGUAGGGAGUUUCGCAGUGGUGACGAGGAGCCCAGUGAGCUUGAGCUUAUAUGCAUCGAGGCAAGAAGACUUGUAGCUGAGGAAAUGUUCUCUCCCAAGGGUGAAGCAGACUUUGAUGAGUUUCAAUUCGACAUUGAUUGUGAAGAUGGUGGGCGUGAGCCUAACCCAUCUGAAGGCUUGGUGGCAACACCGUUCCAUUUUGGAUUUGGAAGUGUUAAUGGCCGUAAUCCACUUUCUAAACUAGAAGAAUGCAUUGAGGAGGAAGAAGAGGAAGGUGAAGGAGAAGAGAAGGGUUUAGUUAGUCUUCCAACUCUAGCUAAGGGUCCAAGUAUUUCUAAGCUUUCUAUGUCACUGAAAAAUACGAGUCUAGGUGGGAAGAACCAGAAGUUCCCAAAGUUUGCAGGAGCCAAACCAGACAAUGGCUAUCUUGCUAGUUCAUCAUCUGGCCACAUCAGUGCAAACGAGCAGCUCCCGGCAAGUGUCAGCUUUGUGAAGCUAGCAGACAUGAACGAGGAAGAAUGGGGACUGUUUUUGGAGAAAUUCCAAGAGCUUCUUCAUCCGGCCUUUGCCGAGCGAAAGUGUAUCACACUCGGCCAGAGGCAGAGACAGAGGCUUGGGACUUCUUGCCAGUUUUGAGAGUUGAGGUAUGACUACCAUAUGUUGCUGUGAUAGAUGAAAAGAAUAAGACUGAGCUCGUUGAGCUGAGGGACAUAGGGUAGAUUUGGUUUGUGAGUUCUCCCUGAAGUCAUACUAGGAGUAAGAGGCUGCGAUUUGUACAUAUUCUUUGGAUGCAGCUGAAUGAAAAGGCUGAGUAGAAUUGGUUGUAUUUUCUUGUUUGAGAUGUUAAAAAUGUUUGUUCUCUGUUUGAUGGACGUUGCUGGAUGAAGUGUAUUAUCCGUGGCAAGUCAUUGGCUCUCUGGUUUCUGUUUUUCUGUCUUUGCAUUCCACCGUGAGCUGCACGCAGUUGUG